AGUAGUUUUCGUGGCGCCGGAUCGAGAUUUUUGCUAUCCUUGAGAAGGUGGAUUUUAAGAGGUUAGACGUAGUAUUUGAAUUCGUGGACAGGAAUGAUAAGGACGUUGAAAAGGAGCACGACGUAACUAGCCGCUUAGAUGUAAUUGGUUGCAUCGAAACGUGAGAUAACGCACAGUAACCAGUACUUAGAGAAUGAUGUACGACGAAUCCUUAAAAUUGCUCCUGUUGUUCUCUCUACUUGGCACUUCCUUCAACGCGGCUGGAGUGGAGCUCUCCUUCGAGCUGCCCGACAAUGCUAAGGAGUGCUUUUACCAAGAAAUCGAAAAAAAUGUGUCGUCCACUCUUGAGUUUCAGGUCGUCACGGGUGGACAGUACGACGUCGACGUCAGUUUAGAAAACCCUAACAAAGAGAUCAUUUAUCAGCAAUUCAAAACACAGUUCGAUUCGUACACGUUUCUGCCAACUAUAACGGGAGAGUACAAGGUCUGCUUUAGCAACAAAUUUUCCACGUUUUCGCAUAAACUCAUUUACAUGGAUUUCCAAGUUGGUGAUGAACCUCCACUGCCAGGUCUUGAGGAACGUGUUACGGUAAUGACACAGAUGGAAUCUUCCGCUCAAGAAGUACAUAAAAAUCUAAUUAGCAUACUCGAUUAUCAAACACAUCAUAGGUUACGCGAGGCGCAAGGUCGUAAGAGGGCCGAAGAUCUUAACGAACAGGUGUUAUGGUGGUCAGUUUUAGAAACCAUCACAAUCCUCGUCAUCAGCAUCGGCCAAGUAUUCGUUCUUAAGAACUUUUUCACGGAGCGAAAGCCAUUUUAAAUUUCUCCUGUAAAUAAAUGUUAUAAUCACAUUGAUAUCACGGUUCAAUUUUAAGACGUUCCUUAAUUUAUUUGAUACUUGCAAGAUACCGUGAAAUGAAGAUGCGAACUCGUUCAAUGCUUAUGUCUAUGCUCUUAUGUCAAUAACGAGGCAGGGUGGUAAACUCGUUAAAAGUCAUUGAUGCAAUUGGACUUAUCUCGCGAAUGUGGAGAUAAAAACGAGGAGUUACGCGUUUCCAAAGCGUUGAUACGCCUCUGUUGUAUGAAUAUUUACACAAUUCUUUAUUUAAACUGUACUGAGUGUAUGUAUUUCAUUAUCGGUGCUGCUAAAUAAUGAUGACCCUGAAA